AUGGUGCCAGAAGAUGAGGAUCAUUCCCAGUAUGACCAGGAAUGCUUUUCCCAUCUGCCGAACGGGCUGUACCCGUCCUACAUCCCCCUGAGCCACCUGGAGCCCCCCAGUGCCGGCAGUCCCCUCCUGGCGCAGCUGGGGCAGCACAGCCUCUUCGAGUCGCAGAAAGAUGGGUUCUACCUGUCGGGCCACGCGGGCCAGUCCGCUCUGCACCCGCAGCCGCCGCUCUCGAGGAGCGCGGGCAGCCCCACGCCGAGCGCGCUGCUGCGGGAGAAGGACCUCGGGCAGCUGCACAAGAGCUCCAAAGAAAGCCUGAAAGACCCCGGCGGGAAGGAGCGGGCAUGCCGGAGCGACCUGCCCUUGCCCUUCGCCAAGAAGGAGGGCAAGCCCAAGGAGGAGCCGCGGCCGCGCAGCGUGGUGGACCUCACGCAGGACACCAAGCCCGAGGGCGAGCGGAAGGCCAGCGUGGUGGAGAAGGCGCGCCUCAAGCGCGGCGAGGCCCUGCUGCCCUCCGUGGGCGCCCUGCACGUCUCCUGCAGCUGCCCGUCCCCGCACGCCGCGCAGCCGCCCAAGCUGGCGCCGGCCGCGGCCUUCCCUCCGCAGCCCGUCCAUUCCGGCGUGUACACCAUCUUCCCGCCGGCCAAGGAGCUGGGCAGGGAGCACAAAGUCAUCGCCCCCACCUUCGUGCCUUCGGUGGAAGCCUACGACGAGAGGAGCGGGCCCAUCCAAAUCGCCUCGCAGGCUCGCGACGCCAAGGCCAAGGACAAGGAGCUCGGCAAGGUGGGCGUGCUGCAGGCGCCCGCGGAGCGGUGCCUUGCGGAUGCCUCCCGCGCGCUCAUGUCGCAGGACUUCUCUUUGCACAGCGAUGCCAAAAGGAUGGAGGCGCUGAGGGAGAAGGGCUCGGUGAUCAGGGCCACCUCCAUGGCACUGAAGAGGCAGGUGGCUUCGGAGCCCUUCCUCAACCGGCCGGGGCUGGGCUCUCCGGAGAGCAGGGAGUUCCUGGCCUCCAAGGACUUACUGAAGCCGAGUCCGGAGGCGGAACAUCGCCCCUGCGACCGGGAUCGCUUCCAACGCUCCAGCUCCAAAGACGCAGCGAAGGUCUACAGCACUUUGGACUCUUCCCGGCAGCACCUGGACCACGGCCAGUUGAAGCCGCCCGAGCAGAAGUGGAAGCCCUUUGAGAUGGGCAACUUUGCCACCACGCAGAUGGCGGUGCUGGCCGCGCAGCACAACCACGUCAGCCGGGCAGAGGAGGAAGCCAAGAAGGUCUACCUUGACCCCAGCGGCUUGCCGCGCUCCUCCGUGGUGGGCUCGCGGGGCGCUGCGGAUGUCCUCCACCCCGCAUCCCAUGGCGAAGGGUCAGCCAUGCAGAGCCUCAUCAAGUACAGCGGCAGCUUCGCCAAGGAGACCACGUCCCGGCAGAGCUGCGGCAAGAAGAGCCCCUUCGGCGGCCUGGGCAACAUGAAGUUGGACUCCUCGCAGCUGGGUGCCUCCAAAGUCCAGCAGCUGCUGUCGCAGCAGCCCGCGAAGCAGCUCAAGAGGGACCCUGAGAGACCUGAGAGUGCCAAAUCCUUUGGCCGCGAGAGCAUUGGCUCCCAGGGCGAGGUGGAGGUGAGACACUUGCCCGUGGGCAUUGCCGUGGCCGUGGCCCGGCAGAAGGACAACAGCAGCAGCAGCAGCAGCAAGCUGGGGUCUAGCCUGGCAGACCGAGAUCGCUCGCUGUCCCUCAGCAGCAUCAAAGGGCACGGACGCUCGGAGGAUGACUGCGGGGACGAGAGGAGCCGCCACCGGGACAGCCACCUCCUGGCAGGGCGCUUGGAGCGGGAUCAGGAGAAGCUGCUCAGGGAGAGCAAGGAGCUGGCAGAUUUUGCUCGGAUCCACCCGUCGGGCUGUGCCACGAACGGCUUGAACUCCAACCUCAUGGUGACGGGAGGCCCGACCCUGCCGGGCUCCGGGCGCUGGUCGGCAGACCCGGCUUCGCACUUGGCGGCUCAUCCCUGGCUGCCGCGGACGGGGAGCCCCUCCAUGUGGCUGGCCGGCCACCCCUACGGACUUGGCCACCCUUCCCUGCACCAGGGCAUGACUCCAGGCUUCCCCCCUGCCAUGGGGGGAGCUCUCCCUUCUGCCUACCAGUUUGCCAGAGACCCGCAGUCAGGACAGCUUGUCGUCAUCCCCAGUGAGCACUUGCCGCACUUUGCGGAGCUGAUGGAGCGGACGCCGCCGCUGUGGCCCGCGAUGUACCCGCCGACGCGGGGCUCCCUGCAGCCAGCCCCCCAGCACGCGCACCAGCUCCAGCUCCUCUCCCACCAGCAGCUGCUGCGGCAGCACGAGCUCUACAUCCUGCAGCAGCAGGCGGCCCACGCCAUGGAGCUGCAGAGGAGCGCCCAGCUCGUGGAGAGGUUGAAAGCGAACGAGCAGCGCGCGGACAUGGAAGAGAAGGUGACGAAACGCAGCCUGGACAGUGCCAAAUCAGGCCUCUCCUCCUCUGCCCCGGGACUGGUGCACCGAAAGCCACCCGUGCUGUCCCCCAGCGCCUCCACGUCCUACAGCAAGGCUGUGAGUCCACCCCCCCUCUCUCCCAGGGCCUCACCCGUGUCUGUGCUCAAAGCUGAGGUGAUCCAAAAGCUGGAGGAGCCACCUUCGCAGCCAGCCUACUCCUACCCCGCCACCCCCAGCUCCCAUCCUUCCAGCCCGCCCCCCGCCUCUCCACCCCCUGCCCCUGCCAUCCCUCCAAAGGAAGAGGCGCCCGAGACCGCCGAGAAGAAAGACCUGGAGCUGGAAAAAGAGGCUGCCGGGCCCUUUCAGGCCUUGUUCCCAGAGAUCCCCCCGGGAUACCCAUUCCAGUCGCUGCCUCCCUCCUUCGGAAGGCACUAUCCCUACCUCCUGCAGCCCGCCGCAGCGUCUGACGCGGACGGCCUGGCUCCUGACGUCCCGCAGGCUGGCGAAGGCCGGCCCGAGAGGGAGCUGGCGGCGCAGCGGGAGGAGGCCUCUGUAUCCAUGGAUCUGCAGAGCGGUGAUGUGCCCCAUGGCAGGGAGUUUCCCAGCUUGCCCCCUGAGGAGGGGGAGCAGGGGCCGGAGAUCCCUUCCUACACAGAUGGGGAGAUCUCUUGCCAGAUGCCAGCUCUGGACAUCAAACCGGGCGACCCGCUGGCUGGGAUGAACGCUUUGGUGGCCGCCACAGAGAUGCCUCAGGCUUGUUCCUUGCUGACUACUGCCAGUGUCGCUGCGUCCCAGGUGAAGAUGGAGGUGUUACCUGAGCAGGCUUUGGAGCACUCCUUCCUGCAAGGGAUCACUUUGCUGAGCGAAAUUGCAGAGAUGGAGCUGGAGAAGCGGAAGCAAGAAAUGCAAAGUAACUGCCAUCUGGAGAGUUUACUCGCUGCCAGCACCCACAUGCUCAUGGAAGUGCUUUCUACCCCCUUUAUGGAAAGCCUGAAAACCAUCCGGCUGCCUCGAGAGCUGAAUCCCAACAAAAAGUACAGCUGGAUGCAGAAGAAAGACGAACCCCUGUACUCCAUCAAAUCGGCCAUCGAGAACAUGGACGCGAUGGAGCUGGACUACAGGAUGCGGCUGGCGGAGCUGCAGCGGCGGUACAAGGAGAAGCAGCGGGAGCUGGUGAAGCUGCAGCGGCGCAGGGACUCCGAGGAAAAGCAUGACGAGAAAAGUAGAAGCUUGGCGAGAAGAGGCCCUGGAAGGCCCAGGAAGAGGAAACUUGGAUCAAGCGCUCUGUCGCCCAUUAAGGAGAGAGGGAAGAGUGACAGCAAGAGUGGAAAACUGAGCAAGUCCUUGUUGCUCUCUGAAGACUCCGAGACUGGUGAGGGCAUGAAGAAGAGGCACAAAGGGGCCCUCCCGGAGGAGGACGACGAUGUGGAGAGCAGCAGUGGCAAGAUGAAAGGGAGAAACCAGAGCUGGGAAGAGCACGAUGUGACUCCCAGCUUCUCAAAUGAGUUAAAGCUCAAGAAGAAAAAGGUGCCAUCGGAUCAGGAGCAGCUGGCCAGCAAGCUCGACAAGGCCUUGUCGCUCACCAAGCAAGACAAGCUCAAAUCCCCCUUCAAAUUUGCUGACAGCUCUGGGGGGAAGACAAAAUCGAGCGGAGGUGGCAGCAGGUACCUCCCACCCCAUGAGACUCUGCCGAGCAAGGAGGAGAAGAAGAAUCUGGCCAAGAACCUGGGCCUGUCGCUUAAAACCGCCAAGGAAGGUAAAAACAAAGUGGCUGCCAAAAUGAAGAAGAUGGAGGUGGGGUUAAAAGUCAAAAAUCAGCUCAAGGUUUCCCAUUCACCAGCAAUAUCUGAAGUUAGCAGCUACUCCUACAAUUCCAGCUCAGAGGAGGACGAAGAGGAGGAUGAAGAGGAGGAGGUGGAGGGCUACGGCACGGACGGCACUGACAGGCCCUCGUCGCCUGCCCUCGAUGAGAGCGGCCUGGGCCUGCUCGCGAGGUUUGCUGCCAGCGCGAUGCCCAGCCCCAUCGUUCCCCCUCCGCUCUCCAUCGUCCAGCUGGAGGCCAAGCAGAAGGCGAAGAAGAAGGAGGAGCGGCAGAGCCUGAUGGGGACGGAGUUCGAGUACACCGACUCGGAGAGCGAGAUCAAGAUCAGGAAGAAAUCGCCCUCAGGGCUGCUGCGGGGGAAGAAGGGACCCCUGGACUCGAGCAGCAUCCCCCCGAGCCAGACCCCAAGUGGCCUCGACACCGGAUCUGGCAGCGCUGACAAGGCCAAGCUUGGGGCUGAGAAGGGCCGCAAGCUGAAGAAAUUCAAGUCCCCCAAGGACUUGAGCUUUGAGUUUGGACUGGAGGCCAGCGACGACGACCUGUGGAACCGGCGCCGGAGUGAACGGAUCUUCCUCCACGAUGCCACCAUGUCCUCAGCCAUGCUGACCCCUGCAGCACCCACCAGCUCCACUCCGGUCUCCAAGCAGGGGCGCUGUGGCAAGGGGGCACCCAUGAGCCCCAAAAAGGAGGGCAGCAAGGGGAAGGAGAGGAAGGAUCUAAGCAAGCAGCGGAAGAAGGGUAAAGAAGUACCCUGCUGCUCCUCCUCCUCAUCCAUGUCCCCUCCUGGCAUUCCCAGCUCCCCAUCUGAUGUCCGAGUCAGCCUGGCAAAUGCCCUCAGCUCCACCAAGAAGAGCAAAGCAAAGGUGAAAACCAAGGAGGUGAAGAAAGAGAACCGAGGGAAAGGAGGAGCAGUGAGCAAGCUCAUGGAGAGCAUGGCGGCUGAGGAGGAUUUUGAACCCAACCAAGACAGCAGCUUCUCCGAGGAUGAGAACAUCCCAUUGAGCAUGCUGGUCGAGCGGCCACCCACACCAGCUCCCCGCUCCUGCAUAAUUGACAAGGAUGAGCUGAAAGAUGGCCUGCGUGUCCUCAUCCCCAUGGAUGACAAGCUGCUCUACGCUGGUCACGUCAAGACGGUGCAUUCACCUGACAUAUACCGUGUAGUGGUGGAGGGCGAGAGGGGAAACCGUCCCCACAUCUACUGCCUGGAGCAGCUCUUGCAGGAAGCGAUCAUUGAUGUGAAACCUCCUUCUGUGCGAUUCCUGCCCGAGGGCACGAGGAUUGCAGCCUACUGGAGCCAGCAGUACCGCUGCCUCUACCCGGGGACGGUUGUCCGAGGAACCCUGGAUCUGGAGGAAGACGGUGAUCUCAUCACGGUAGAGUUUGAUGAUGGGGACACAGGACGCAUCCCACUGUCUCACAUUCGGCUUCUGCCACCUGACUACAAGAUCCAGUGUGCUGAGCCCUCCCCAGCCCUCUUGGUGCCCAGCACCAAGCGCCGUAGCCGCAAAUCCAGCAAGGAUACUGGAGAAGGAAAAGAGGGAGCUACCCUAGGGUCAGAGGAGACCAUGUCAAAAGGCAAAGGACGUGGGAGAAAGCCAAGUGUCAAGGCGAAAGCUGAAGAGGCCACCUUGCCAGAAGAGAAAGAUCAGGUUGAUUCCCCGCCUGGUGCCUCUUCAGCCCCGGAGAAGCCAACGUGCCUGGGCAAACCAAGUGUGAAAGGGUCCCGAAAGGCCCAGUCGCUGCCAGGUGGAGGCUCUCCUGCCCCUACAGAGGAAAAGCGGUCGAAGGGCAGCAAGAUGAAGAUCUCCACCAAGCUGCACAGCCCUCCACAGCCCGCUUACCAGCCUGCUGUGUUUGGCAGCAUCCUGAGCACAGAGCCCUACAGCGACCUCCCAGGGACACUGGCAGCCUUUGGCUCGGGUGAUUCUUCAGCAGCAAAAGCCAAGUCCAAGAAGGGACGGGCCACAGAAGAGACACAGGAGUUUGGCACCAUGGCCAAGGCUCAGAGGAAGCAUGACAGUGAAAUCCUCAUCAAGCUGGACCAUGAGGGCGUGAUGUCUCCAAAAACCAAGAAGAUGAAGGAGGCAAUGAGGAUGCUGGAGGACUCAAACCUGGCGAGUCGCAGGGACAGUAAGAGUCUCCUGGGGCUGGGCUAUUCCCCUGCCGUGGGUGCCGAGGGCAAGCAGAAGUCUUCCCGAGGCAAGGGAGCCGAGGGAGAGCCUUGUCCCACCAACUUCACAGGGAAGUUUGAGGGCUCGGGUGAAAGCCUGGCUGCCUCCAAGGACCAGGAGGACAAGGCGACAGCUCCAGCAGCUGUGGAGGAGUCGGAGAGCAAUAGCAGUGACAGCAGCUCGGAGUCGGAGGGAGAAGAGGAGGCCGAGAAGAACCAGGGAGAGGCCCAGGAUAGCAGCUCGGCCAGCUCGAGAGCAUCCACCCCUCUCUCUUCUUCCAACUCCUCCUCUUCUUCCUCUUCUAGCAGCAGCUCUUCUUCCUCCUCCUCUUCUUCCUCCUCUUCUGCUUCAUCGACUUCCUCUUCCUCAAGCUCCAGCUCCUCUUCCUCCUCCACCACCGAUGAAGACUCCUCCUGUAGCUCCGAUGAUGAAGUAGCAGAGCCCCAGCCGAGCUCCUCCGUGCAGCAGAGCCUCCCUCCCAAGCAACCCAAGCAGGCCGGCAAAUCCCGGGCAUCCUCCCACGCGCAGAGCCAGAAGCAGCCGCCGCAGCAGCCGCCGCCGCAGCCGCCGCCGCAGCCGGGCGGCAACAAGAGCCGGCCCAAGAAGCGGGAGGGCAUCCACCUGCCCACCACCAAGGAGCUGGCCAAGCGCCAGCGCCUGCCCUCCGUGGAGAACCGGCCCAAGAUCGCGGCCUUCCUCCCCGCGCGGCAGCUCUGGAAGUGGUUCGGGAAGCCCACGCAGAGACGAGGAAUGAAAGGGAAGGCCAGGAAGCUCUUCUACAAGGCCAUCGUCCGGGGCAAGGAGAUAAUCCGCAUCGGAGACUGCGCCGUCUUCCUCUCAGCGGGCCGCCCCAACCUGCCCUACAUUGGCCGGAUCCAGAGCAUGUGGGAGUCGUGGGGGAACAACAUGGUGGUCCGGGUCAAGUGGUUCUAUCACCCAGAAGAAACCAAUCCUGGGAAGAAACUCAAUGAAGGCAAGCGCUGGGAUCAGAAAUCCGGCAGGAGUCUGUCCACAGCGUUGCAGGCAUCCAACCAGAGGAAGGACUUCAUGGAGCGAGCCCUCUACCAGUCCUCCCAUGUGGAUGAAAAUGACGUCCAGACCAUCUCACACAAGUGUCUUGUUGUUGGGCUGGAUCAAUACGAGCAGAUGCUAAAGACAAAGAAGUAUCAAGACAGUGAGGACCUCUACUACCUUGCAGGAACCUACGAGCCCACUACGGGCAUGAUCUUCAACACCGACGGGGUCCCUGUCAUCUGCUGACCGCCCAGGGGACAUGUGCCACCCCCUGGGAAAGGACGGGACAAACCUGAGGACGUGCCUGUUCAGACGACAUGAUUGUUUCUUUCAAUGCUCAUGACUUCUGUGUCACACUACAGACAGGAGAGCGCGAGAGACAGCGAGGAGGAGGGAGAGGGCUGGAGAAAGGGUUUGGGGAAGCAGUUACAGGCCUUGUGGAAGAUGCCGUUGGGUGGUGGUGAUGCCUAAAGCCUAAGGCUCUUCUGGAAGUGACUUUAAUUAAGGUGACACUUGACCAACUUCUCCCUUCCUCCUUUUUGGUCCUGGAAAGCACAUGGGUCUCAUGAUCAUUUCACCAGCGGGGCCCCCCAGCAGGAGGGAUCCCUUUUGUGUCAUUUGUCCCCAUCGUUUCCCCAGAAGCUGCCUGUGCGUGGAAGGACACCCGCUGGCCUUCUGCGUGCGCUCUUCUCCGUCCUGAUAUUCCUUUUCCUGCUCAGUUUCGCAUGACCCUUUAGGAAGGACAGGGUGGAAGAAAAAGGAGAUGAGUCUCUCUCAGCGCCUCGUCUCGAUCCUCUCAGCGCCUUUUCACAGUGCCCUUUCCCUGGAAGCCCAGUACGUAUGGAGCACGAAGGAGCAGAACAUGGGAUGGCAGGAGAGAUUCUCUGG